GUUAUGUUGAACAUAAUAUGUUCUGUGGUGGUUAUGCAACCAAGUAUACAUUGGUAUAUUGAACAUAACCUUUAACCAUAGAAAACUUAAGGCAAUAAAAAUUUGAAUUUGUGAUCAUUAAUUUGUGUACGUGAUAAUUGUUUUACAUGUAAGUUAUAAAAAUGACCGUUCCAAGUCCAUUUGUCUACUGGGCACAAAAUGAGAAAACGUUAUUCCUCAAAAUAGACCUCAAAGAUGCUGAAGAUGUUGAUGUAAGAUUGAGUAAAAGAAACCUACAGUUUUCUUCCAAAGGGUCAGGAGCCCAUGGUUUAAAGAACUACGCGUUUUCUUUGAACUUUAAGUGGGACAUUGACGUUGAGGAAAGCAUUUACAAAGUAACUGGACAUAAAGUGGAUUUUAUUAUUACAAAAGCUGAAAAUGGUUGGUGGCCAAGACUAAUAUCUAAACCUCAGAAACCUGCUUGGUUGAAAAUUGAUUUUGACCGUUGGCAAACGGAAGAAGACUUUAAUGAGGAGGAAGUCCGAGAUAUUCAAGAGGAUUAUCCAGAUUUGUAUGACAAACUUCAUAAACAAGAAAUGGGGUAUAGAAAGGAAGACUUCAAAAAAGUCUACCUGACUCUUUACAAUUUGUUAAUGUAUGUUGGGUUUAUGUAUGUGGUUAUAGUUUUAUGCAUAAGAUUUGCAAGAGAUGGGACCGAGUCAUAUCCAGGAACUUAUGAGGCUGUAGGACCUGCAGUUAUAUUUUUGCAAUUAUUACAAUUUCUUGAAGUAAUGCACCCAAUAUUUGGGUACGUUAAGAGUGGAGUUUUGAUGCCAGCUAUGCAAGUUAGUGGAAGAUUUAUUGUUAUCUUUUUUAUGGUUGAAAAGGAACCUAGAAUACAGAAAAUGCCUGUAGUAUUUUAUUUACUCCUUACAUGGUCUGCUGUAGAAAUAAUAAGGUAUCCAUACUACAUGUCUCAACUUCACAAAAAAGAAAAUGGUAUUCUUACAUGGCUCAGGUAUACGGUCUGGAUAUUUUUGUAUCCAAUAGGAUUCCUAUGUGAAUCUGUUAUUAUAUUUAGAAAUUUAAUUUUUAUUGAACACAGUGGAAAAUGGUCAGUUUCCAUGCCAAACACCUUAAAUUUCACAUUUCACGUUCCCACAAUCCUGAGAUUUUAUUUACUUAUUGCCAUGAUUCCCAGUUCUUUCACAUUAAUGUCACAUAUGUACAAAGCUAGAGUACAAAGGUUGGGUUCAAAAAAAGGUAAAUUUAGAAAAAGUUGAUUCGUUUCUUAAUUUUUCACAGUUGCAGUAGUUAAAUACCCGUUAGGAAAUAGUCGUUUUACCGUUUUGCCUUUAUAAAACAACACCAAUUUUUAUAUUUUUAGUCAAAAUAAGUAAAGGGCUAAGGAGGGGCCAGGCCAGGUUAUUAAUAAUCUGUUAUUCUUUAAUCACA